AUGGGGAGUAACUCGUCUCCGCCUGCCGUCCUGCAGCUCUGCUAUGAGAAUGUGACCGGGUCUUGCGUGAAAACCCCCUACUCUCCCGGGUCGCGGGUCAUCCUGUAUGCAGUCUUUGGCUUUGGGGCUGUGCUGGCGGUGUUUGGAAACCUCCUGGUGAUUAUAUCCAUCCUCCAUUUCAAGCAGCUGCACUCUCCCACCAAUUUCCUCAUUGCAUCCCUGGCCUGCGCUGACUUCGGGGUGGGCGUCUCCGUGAUGCCCUUCAGCAUGGUCAGGUCCAUCGAGAGCUGCUGGUACUUUGGGAGAAGCUUCUGCACUUUCCACACCUGCUGUGAUGUGGCGUUUUGUUACUCUUCUCUCUUCCACCUGAGUUUCAUCUCCAUCGACAGGUACAUCGCUGUCACGGACCCUCUAGUCUAUCCCACCAAGUUCACGGUGUCUGUGUCCGGAAUUUGCAUCGGCAUCUCCUGGAUUCUUCCCGUGGUGUACAGCGGCGCUGUGUUCUACACAGGGGUUUAUGACGAUGGCCUGGAGGAAUUGUCCAACGCCCUCAACUGCGUAGGGGGAUGUCAGGUAGUUGUGAAUCAGAACUGGGUGCUGAUAGAUUUUCUUUCCUUCUUAAUACCUACACUCGUUAUGAUAAUUCUGUAUGGUAAUAUUUUUCUGGUGGCGAGACAACAGGCUAAGAAGAUAGAAAACAUCGGUAGUAAAACGGAAUCGUCCUCUGAGAGUUAUAAAGCCAGGGUGGCGAGAAGAGAGAGAAAAGCAGCCAAAACCCUGGGCAUCACCGUGGUGGCAUUCAUGAUCUCCUGGUUGCCCUACAGCGUCGAUUCACUGAUCGAUGCUUUUAUGGGCUUCAUCACCCCUGCCUACAUUUACGAAAUUUGUGUCUGGUGUGCUUACUACAACUCAGCCAUGAACCCUCUGAUCUACGCUCUGUUUUAUCCGUGGUUUAAGAAAGCGAUUAAGGUUAUUAUGAGCGGCCAGGUGUUCAGGAACAGCUCGGCCACUCUGAACUUGUUCUCUGAGCAACUGUAA